CCUCUGAGUGAAGGUGGAGGGUUUCGCUCUCGGCUGCCGCGCGGCGCAGGUGCAACUUGUUCAAUGGAAACUUUGCAAAGCACGGGAAGAUUUGUGCCACUUCGCUGAAAUACUUUAAAGUGCAUGCCGCUGCCGGACUCUCCCGAUGUCUGACGCGGGGGAGGAAAGCGAAGGCGGCGGGAGAGCACAUCUGUCGGAGUCUCCCUCGCCGCCUCUCUCGGUCAGUCUUCCCCUAGGAUCUCCUUCCACUUCGCGGCCCCUGGACCUCUUCUCCUCGGCCUCUCCGCUGCUUGGGGACUCGGACCCGCCUUUCCUCGCCUCCUCGGAGUGUCUCCACCCGUCUCCGGGGAGCCCGGAACUCGGGGGCUCCACGCAUUUCACGCCGCCAAAGUUCCGCCAGCGUGCCGUGGACGCCGGGUGCACCUCUCUCUCGCGGCCGGAUGUACGCACAGAUGUCGGAUACGAACAGCGCGAGGAGCCGCUUCCCAUGUGGGGAGGACGGGGCGCGGAGAGCACCGAGCGCCUUCAGUACCGCGGACAGAGACUCCACAGGGCACCGGAGCUCUCCGACUACGGGAACCACUUCUCUGCUGAGCACGUAACAGACACCGACUUCAGCUCAGACUCCCGUCAAUCGAUGGAAGCCAUGCAUCGGCGGCACACCACACUGAGGGAGAAGGGGCGACGUCAGGCGGUGAGGGGUCCUGCCUACAUGUUCAACGAGCGCGGCUCCGCUCUCACUGCAGAGGAGGAACGCUUUCUGGACGCUGCAGAGUACGGAAACAUUCCUGUGGUGCGCAAAAUGCUAGAAGAGUCCAAAACCCUGAACUUCAACUGCGUGGACUACAUGGGGCAGAAUGCUCUACAACUGGCUGUUGGCAACGAGCACCUGGAGGUGACCGAGCUGCUGCUGAAAAAAGAUGGCCUGGCCAGGGUGGGGGACGGCCUGCUUCUGGCAAUCUCCAAAGGCUACGUCCGAAUAGUCGAGGCCAUUCUCGCCCAUCCCGCUUUUGGCGGAGGGCUCCGUCUGGCUCUGAGCCCCCUGGAGCAGGAGAUGCGGGACGAUGACUUUUACGCGUACGACGAGGAUGGAACCCGUUUCUCGCACGACAUCACGCCCGUCAUUCUGGCAGCUCACUGCCAGGAGUACGAGAUUGUUCACAUCCUCUUGACGAAGGGGGCCCGCAUAGAAAGGCCUCACGACUACUUCUGCAAAUGCUUAGAAUGUGUGGAGAGACAGAAGAAGGACUCUUUCAGUCACUCACGCUCCAGGAUGAAUGCGUACAAGGGCCUGGCCAGCGCAGCCUACCUGUCUCUGAGCAGCGAGGACCCCGUGCUCACAGCCCUUGAGCUCAGCAACGAACUGGCAAGACUGGCUAACAUCGAAACGGAGUUUAAGAACGACUACCGUAAGUUGUCCAUGCAGUGUAAGGACUUUGUGGUGGGCGUGCUGGACCUCUGUCGAGACACGGAAGAGGUUGAGGCCAUUCUGAACGGCGACGUGGAUCAGUGCCCCCCAAGCCCCUACAACCGACCCUGCCUCAGCCGAGUCAAGCUGGCCAUCAAAUAUGAAGUCAAAAAGUUCGUUGCACAUCCCAACUGCCAGCAGCAGCUGCUGACCAUUUGGUAUGAAAACCUACCCGGCCUGAGGCAGCAGUCCAUCGGCGUGAAGUGCUGGACAGUCCUGGGGGUAACUGUAGGUCUGCCCUUCCUGGCUAUCGCCUACUGGAUAAUGCCAUGUAGCAAGAUCGGCCAGAUUCUGCGCAGUCCUUUCAUGAAGUUUGUGGCUCACGCCGUCUCCUUCACCCUCUUCCUCGGCCUGCUGAUCGUCAACGCCUCAGAUCGCUUUGAGGGUGUGAAGAACCUGCCCAACGAGACCAUCACAGACCACCCCCGACAGGUGUUCAGGGUCAAAACCACCCAGUUCUCCUGGACGGAGAUGCUGAUCAUGAAGUGGGUGUUGGGUAUGAUUUGGUCCGAGUGUAAGGAGAUUUGGAGUGACGGGCCCAGGGAGUACAUCAUGCACCUGUGGAACGUCCUGGACUUUGGCAUGUUGUCCAUCUUUGUGGCGUCCUUCACGGCGCGCCUCAUGGCCUUCCUGAAAGCGUCCAAAGCGCAGCAGUAUGUAGACAUGCAUGUACCAGACGACGACCUCAGCAAUGCCUCACUGCCUGAUGAAGUGGCUUAUUUCACUUACGCCAGGAUCAAGUGGCGCCCCUCCGACCCUCAGAUCAUCUCGGAGGGCUUGUACGCCAUUGCCGUGGUGCUGAGUUUCUCACGCAUCGCCUACAUCUUGCCCGCCAACGAGAGCUUUGGCCCACUGCAGAUCUCUUUGGGGCGGACGGUCAAAGACAUCUUCAAGUUCAUGGUCAUCUUCAUUAUGGUGUUCGUGGCCUUCAUGAUUGGGAUGUUCAACCUCUACUCCUACUACCUUGGGGCCAAAUACAACCCUGCCUUCACCACGGUGGAGGAGAGCUUCAAGACGCUCUUCUGGUCUAUCUUCGGGCUGUCUGAGGUGAUCUCUGUGGUGCUGAAGUACGACCAUAAGUUCAUUGAGAACAUCGGCUACGUGCUGUACGGCGUCUACAACGUCACCAUGGUGGUGGUGCUCCUCAACAUGCUCAUUGCCAUGAUCAACAACUCGUACCAGGAGAUAGAGGAGGAUGCGGACGUGGAGUGGAAGUUUGCCCGCGCCAAGCUGUGGCUGUCCUACUUCGACGAGGGCCGGACCCUGCCCGCCCCGUUUAAUCUGGUCCCCAGCCCCAAAUCCUUCUACUACCUAGUCCUACGCAUCAAGUCGUGCCUGAUACGCCUGUGCAAGGCCAAUGGCCACCACAGCAACAGUGAGGUGGAGAUGGGCAUGCUGCACUCACAGGCCAAGGAUGAACGGUUUAGGUCAAGAUCAGGAGAGGAGUUCAUCCAGAGAAAAGCCCGAAAACACCCCACCAGAUAUCAGAAGAUCAUGAAGCGGCUUAUUAAACGUUAUGUGCUGAAAGCUCAAGUGGACAAAGAGAGCGACGAAGUGAAUGAGGGCGAGCUGAAGGAGAUCAAGCAAGACAUUUCCAGCCUCCGCUAUGAGCUGCUGGAGGAGAAGUCCCAGGCCGCCGGGGAGCUGGCUCUGCUCAUCCAGCAACUCGGCGACAAGUUUGGCAAAAACACCAUGAGACACUGACAGGCCUCGCGA